CAAAGUCACUCCUUAUGACAAAAAAGCUGCUCUCCAGCCGGACGUUUCACCGCGUCGUUGGGAAGGUCCAUGAACAAGUUGAACGUGUGAAACACGGCGUGCCUCCGCCAGAGACGCCCCGGAUUAGCGGCUCCGGCCGUCUCUCAAACCCUGGUAUGCCAAACAACACAUAGACACAGAUUGCCUGCCAUCUGUGUAGAGUCUCGAAACACAUUGAGUGGGGAUUGGUGGUCCUGACAAGAUACAUACCUAGAUUGUACCCCGAGAAGGUUCUGGGCAUACUUCAAGGAGGAGUGCCAGAAUCAAUUCAAAGGAAAGCCCACGGAGAAAUACUGAUCGGCGAGCUGGAAAUUCGACUGCGGAGGCUCAUAUCAACCAAUCUAUAUCC